AGUAAAGAGCAAGUGAAAGGCAAUAUAAAUGAAUAUGAACUCGCAUCUUUUUCCUCAUUCUCUUCUUGAUUUGCUUCUUUCGUAAACUAAGGGAGUUACUGUUAGAGAGAUGGCAGAUCUAAAUGGUACGUUGGUUAAGCAAGUUACCAUCAAAUCAGACGGAGAUGUGUUUCAUGAAAUUUUUAGACAGAGACCACAUCAUAUAUCUGAGAUGAGCCCUGAUCAUAUCAAAUGUGUUGAUCUGCAUGAAGGUGAAUGGGGUGUCGUUGGAUCGGUCAUUGUAUGGGACUUUUUUCAUGAUGGGAAGGCAAAAGUUGCGAAAGAAGUGAUUGAAGCAAUUGACGAGGAGAAAAAGUUGGUGUGCUUCAAGGUGAUAGGGGGAGAUAUACUGGAGGCUUACAAGACCUUCUUGAUCACAGUUCAUGUGGAGACCACCGGAGAAGAAAACGUGGUGACCUGGACUUUUCAUUACGAGAAGCUCAAUGACAAGGUUGAAGAUCCAGACAGUCUGAUGGAUUUUUGCCUUAGAGUCACCAAAGAUAUCGAGAACCAUCACCUCACCAACUCCACUGAAGAUACCGAGAACCCUCACCUCACCAGCUCCAUUGAAGAUACCAAAGAGCCAUCACCUCAACAAGUUCAAUGAAGAUAUCGAGAACCAUCACCUCAACAACUCCAAUGAAGAUGUAUAAUCCGCAAGAAUAAACAACUUUAGGUCACCGGUAUUUGUUUCAAUUCCCUAUAUAUUGCACUGUGAUCACAUAUAUGGGAUCCUAUGGAUUCCUUUUGUUUUGUGUGGCAUUAAUAAACUAUGAAUAAGCUUUGUAUAUUCAUGUAUAAUUAUAUCAUGGAUUUUAUAUCUAGUUCUUGGCCAAAUCUUUUUGAUUUUCA